AUGGUACAGGCUACGAUGCAGUCUUCUAUGUUAGGGGAGAUUGAGACAAGUGUUGAGAUCAAAGCUCCCGCCCAGAAGUACUACCACAUGCUCACUGGAAAACCACAAGAUCUUCCAAAAGCCACUCCUGACAACCUCCAGAGAUGUGAUGUGCUUGAGGGAGCGCCUGGACAAGUUGGCCGUGUUCUCAACUGGAACUAUGUCACUGAUGGAAAGGCAAAGGUGAUGACGGAGAGGAUCGAGGCAAUGGAGCCGGAGAAGAAUCUGAUGGUGGCUAGGGUUAUUGGGGGAGAUCUUAUGAAAGAGUUCAAGAACUUCUUCAUCACUAUUCAAGCGACCCCGAAACAAAGAGGACCUGGAAGUGUGGUUAAGUGUCACCUGAAGUAUGAGAGGAUUGACAAGAAGGUGGCUGAUCCAGAGGACAUACUCGUGAUGUUUGUCAAAGGAUCCAAAGACAUGGAUGAAAUGCUUUCUUCGCAAUUCUAG